AUGAAGGAGCCUGUCUUUGGCAUUUACAUUCGCGGUGUGAAGUACAAUGCUGUGGUUUCUCCAUCUAUGAUGAAGACUAUUUUAUCUGUCAAAUCUGCCGCACCACACAAUCAGGUUCUCGAUCAGGCUCUGCAAAACGUCUUUGGCGACCGCGGCCUCAUCCGCAAUCUGGAUUUGGAUCGUUACCAAGGAGUUAGCGACAAGGCUUCUACCAUUCUCAACGAAGAGGCUUUUGUCACUGAGGCUUCUUCUGCUAUUACCCGUUUGGUUCAGCGCGAUAUGCCGAACCUGGUGAGCUUUUGCCGGAGCAUUGUUGACCAAUACCCCUGGGAGCGUGGCAUCAGUGGAGUCGAAGUUCCCGAUGAAGGGGACCAGAAAGUAUGCGAGGCCAAUCUGUUUGCACUUGUAAGCAAUUUCAUUGGUCACGUGAGUUCUGCUUUCCUGAUGGGCGAGGCGUUCGUGGAGAAUUUCCCUAAUCUCUCAGAAGACCUUGGAAGACUCGACGAUUGCUUUGCGACACUUUUCGUGGGCACUCCCCGUUGGGCCCCGCAUCCAGCGGCUUCAGCAGGGCAUGCGGCUAGUGAUCGGCUUCGCCAUAUCUUUUCAAUCUUUCAUCGAGCUUUUACUGCCUGGGACGAUGGGAUUGACCCCGGCAUUGAAUUGCGUGAUCUUGAAGAUGUUUCUGAGCUAUUCAAAGAUCGGAUGCGGACUUUUCGCAAAUUGGAACUAUCUCCAGGUGCCAGUGCUGCAGGGCACUUGUCUCUGUAUUAUGAUCUGAUUGAACACACAACCAAGAUCACCUUUUGGACAAUUACUCAUCUGUUUGCCGAACCUUCACUUCUCGAUCAAGUCCGUAAAGAGAUUGCUCCUUACAUGGUGGCUUCCAGACCAACUCGCGAGGAAACGGGGUUCCCCUUCGAUGAACCUCCUCGUCUCUCUCUAAACAUUGAAAAAGCACUCACAUCUUGCCCACUGUUUAAAGCGUGUUACUGUGAGACUGUGCGCCUUCAUUCAGCGGGAAUCUCUUUCAAGAAGUUAGGGUCCGACGUGAUACUUUCCGAGUCGGCAGAAGAAGCCGCCCAUGGUCUGACGGAGCCCCGUACAUACAAGAUUGCAAAGGGCGAGUAUAUCCUUGUACCCCACGGCGCCUACUACCAUGAUGCUCGAUACUUCUCAAAUCCGGAACAGUAUGAUCCCCUUCGAUUUCUCGUGACUGAUCCCGCAACGGGAAAACAACGGGCUGAUCUAAGCAUCCUUGCCCCCUUCGCGGAUGGAUUGUAUGGAUCUACGGACAAUGGCUUCACCGAGCGGGCUAUCUUGACUUUCACGGCUGGCAUUGUGGUCUUGUGGGACAUUGAGCCCACAAUUGGUAAAUUUCUCUCAGUUCCAGGGCACAAGACUAGCUGGGGGGCUUUCCGACCGACCAAGGAGCUGCGGGUAAAGAUGAAGUUGAGGGUAUAG